UCUCCCUCUGGCAAGCUCGGCGAGUGGAGUCAGGAAAGGACGCGCCACACCAGCUGUCCGCCGACCCCCAAUCCCGGCCCCACCCCGCGUCCAUGGCCGCACCCGGACCCCGCGCCUUGCGAGCUGCUCUCUGCGGCGGUUGUUGUUACUUCCUCCUGUGUACCCAGCUGGUUAUAGCUGGUAAAGGAGCUCGUGGCUUCGGGCGAGGAGCCCUGAUCCGCCUGAAUAUCUGGCCUACUGCCCAAGGGGGCUGCAAACACCUGGGACACUGUGACCUUUGUGUGGACAAAGCACACAACGUCUCCAUUUGCGUUUGGCAGCAAUGUGGUCCGGAGAAGCCAGGACACUGUGUGGCCCAAGCAGAGGGAGUCAAGGAAGGCUGCUCUGUCUAUAAUCGCUCGGAGUCAUGCCCAGCUCCCCACCACCAUCCCACCCAUGAACCGAAGACAAGUACAACAGGGAGCCCACCGGUCCCUGAAGCCCACAGCCCUGGUUUUGAUGGCGCCAGCUUCAUCGGGGGCAUUGUACUGGUACUGAGUCUGCAAGCAACAGCCUUCUUUGUGCUGCGUUUCUUCAAGGCCAAGGACGGCACUUACCAGACACUGUGA